AUGACAGCAAGACUUCUAAAAGCACCCUUGGCUUUGCUCUUCCUUGGCCUCUUUGGGAUCGUGAAGGCGACAACAAUAUCGUGCAGAAACGAGGAAGGUGAAGCUGUGGAUUGGUUUACAUUUUAUAAGUUGCCUAAAAGGCAAGACAAGGAAAGUAGAGAGACUGGGGUAGAGUACCUAUACCUAGACUCUGCAACCAGAAGCUGGAGAAGGAGCAAGCAACUAAUGAAUACCACCAAGAGUGUUUUGGGAAGGACAUUACAACAGCUAUAUGAAGCACAUGCUUCUGAGGAUAACAACACAGCCUAUUUAAUAUACAAUGAUGGAGUCCCUAAAUUCAUGAAUUACAGCAGAAAGUAUGGACACACCAAAGGUUUACUUCUGUGGAACAGAGUCCAGGGGUUCUGGUUGAUUCAUUCCAUUCCCCAUUUUCCUCCAAUUCCUGAAGAAGGCUAUGAUUAUCCACCCACAGGGAGACGAAAUGGACAAACGGGCAUCUGCAUAACUUUCAAGUACAACCAGUAUGAAGCAAUAGAUUCUCAGCUCUUGGUCUGCAACCCAAACAUUUAUAGCUGUUCCAUCCCAGUAACCUUUCACCAGGAGCUCGUUCACAUGCCCCAGCUGUGUGCCAGAUCCAGCUCAUCAGAGAUCCCUGGCCGGCAUCUCACCACACUUCAGUCAGCCCAGGGACAAAAAUUCCUCCAUUUUGCAAAGUCUGAUUCUUUUCUUGACGACAUCUUUGCAGCCUGGAUGGCUCAACGGUUGAAGACGCACUUGCUAACAGAAACCUGGCAGCGAAAGAGACAAGAGCUUCCUUCAAACUGCUCCCUUCCUUACCAUGUCUACAAUGUCAAGGCAAUUAAGUUGUCUAGACAAUCUUAUUUCAGCUCUUAUCAGGAUCAUGCCAAAUGGUGUAUUUCCCAAAAGGGCACCAAAAAUCGCUGGACAUGUAUUGGAGACCUAAAUCGGAGCCCCCACCAAGCCUUCAGAAGUGGAGGAUUCAUUUGUACUCAGAAUCAGCGUAUUUACCAAGCAUUCCAAGGAUUAGUUUUAUAUUAUGAGAACUGUAACUAA